AUGCACGUGCCCACGUCCGUGGCCAUCGCGGCGCCCUUUCACCACCCGACGACCGUCGUGCCCUCGUCCGCGUCGUCGCCUCCGCUCUCGUCGUCCCUGUCGCCGCCCACGACCCCGGUCGGCCUGUCGACCGCGUACGGGCUGCCCGCGCCCGGCCUGGCCGCGGUGAUGGUGGCCGAGCUCGCCGACGCCGAGGAGGCUGUGCGUAGGCGGCAGAAGCACCUGCAGCAGCAGCGCGAGCUUCUUCUCCAACAGCUGAGCCAGGGCAAGGCCUCCGCCGCCGGCGCACAGCAGCUCCCGGCGGCCGCGGCGAAGCGCCGGAGCAGCCGAAGAUCGAAGCAGCCGGCGCCGGGUCGGGACUCGCCUGCUGGCACUCGCCCAGCGCGGAAGACGCAGCGGAAGCGAAGCCGCAGCCCCGCCGAGGUGGCCACCACUACGCCGGAGGAGGACGUGGUGGAGCGACAACCGAAGCGUCGGCCGCCGAGCCCCGCCUCGCGAGCUCCUCCACCGCCGCCACCAACGAUCGACACUGCCGCGCCGCCCGCCCAGCCACAGCCGCAGUUGCCGUCGCUCCACCACUUCUUGCUAUCGCUCGACGUCCUCCCGCCUACCACCACCACGCCGCACUCGGCCUUGGCUCACCACCCGCAGGCCCUGCCGUCGCCCUCGGCGCUCCACCUCCACCGACACCCACAGCCGCAGCCGCAGCCGUACCACCAGCACCAGGGCGACCAGGCCUGGCCGCAGCAGUACCAUCAGGUCGACCAUGGAGGCCUCCGUGGCUUCCCUCUCAACCAAAGCCUGCCCCUCGAGCUCCUUCCGACGACGGCCACGAUCGGCGCGGCGCGGUCGAGGCCCAUCGACGGAGGAGCGUGGAGCUGGCCGCCCUUGGCAGGCCCUGGCCAUAGCGUUUGUUUGGUGGUGUCCAACAAUGUAAUAUGUACAUAA